UGUCCAACGAGGUUGUGUCCUUUGCCAGCUCUCCAACCCGCCCUCCCCAGCCCUGUCCAGGUGAUGAGCCUAGGAUCCACCCAUCACAAGCCCCGCCCUCACAAAUCCGGAAUCUUCAACGUGUCGAAGACCAGUUGCCCGAAGGCCGGCACCUCCCUGACGGGCUCGCCUUCGCAACGCACAGGCUCCGCCACUGUUUACCCAGACAGGCCGAAGUCCGUACGGUCACGGAGGAGGGCCAGCGGCUUCCGGUUCAGAUUGUCCUGGCGGCGCACAGCCAGCUUUGCCUCGUCUUUUCUGGUCUCAGUCCGGCGUGGCAGGGCCCGCAGCGGCCUCAGCCCUUUCAGAGCUCCUCUGUCAUGGCGGCGCCCUGCCGCUCCUUCCGACCAAGCUUUUCAUGGCGGCACCCUGGAGUACGAUCCCAGCAAAGCGACCUUCGUGAAGGUGGUCCCGACCCCCAACAAUGGCUCCACUGAGCUCGUGGCCCUGCACCGAGAUGAGGGUGAAGACGGGCAGGAGGUACUGUCCUUCGAAUUCCAGAAGAUCAAGUAUUCCUACGAUGCCCAGGAGAAGAAGCGCUUCCUCCCCGUGGCCUUUCCUGUGCGUAACUCAUUCUCUUACUACCAGAGCUACAGGGGGUUCCAGGAGGACUCGGAGAUCCGCGCCGCUGAGAAGAAGUUUGGGAGUAACAAGGCCGAGAUGGUGGUACCCGACUUCUCAGAGCUGUUCAAGGAGAGAGCCACAGCGCCUUUCUUUGUGUUCCAGGUGUUCUGCGUGGGUCUCUGGUGCCUGGAUGAGUACUGGUACUACAGUGUCUUCACACUCUCCAUGCUGGUGGCCUUCGAGGCUUCCCUGGUUCAGCAGCAGAUGCGCAACAUGUCCGAGAUCCGGAAGAUGGGCAACAAGCCCCACAUGAUCCAGGUCUACCGAAGCCGCAAGUGGAGGCCCAUUGCCAGUGACGAGAUUGUGCCCGGGGACAUUGUUUCCAUUGGUCGCUCACCACAGGAUAACCUGGUGCCAUGUGACGUGCUGUUGCUCCGGGGCCGUUGCAUCGUGGACGAGGCCAUGCUCACGGGAGAGUCGGUGCCACAGAUGAAGGAGCCCAUUGAAGACCUCAGCCCCGACCGGGUGCUGGACCUGCAGGCCGACUCCCGGCUCCACGUCAUCUUCGGGGGCACCAAGGUGGUGCAGCACAUCCCCCCUCAGAAGGCCACCACGGGCCUGAAGCCGGUCGACAGUGGGUGUGUAGCCUUUGUCCUCAGGACCGGAUUCAACACAUCUCAGGGCAAGCUGCUGCGCACAAUCCUCUUUGGGGUGAAGAGAGUGACUGCCAACAACCUGGAGACCUUCGUCUUCAUCCUUUUUCUCCUUGUCUUUGCCAUCGCGGCGGCCGCCUACGUGUGGAUCGAAGGCCCUGCCUCCACAGGUACCAAGGAUCCCAGCCGGAACCGCUACAAGCUGUUUCUGGAGUGCACACUGAUCCUCACGUCCGUCGUGCCCCCCGAGCUGCCCAUUGAGCUGUCUCUGGCUGUCAACACCUCCCUCAUUGCCCUGGCCAAGCUCUAUAUGUACUGCACGGAGCCCUUCCGAAUCCCCUUUGCUGGCAAAGUGGAGGUGUGCUGCUUCGACAAGACUGGGACCUUGACCAGUGACAGCCUGGUGGUGCGAGGCGUGGCUGGGCUCAGAGAUGGAAAGGAGGUGACGCCCGUGUCCAACAUCCCCGUGGAAACGCACCGGGCCCUGGCCUCGUGUCACUCCCUGAUGCAGCUGGACGACGGCACCCUAGUGGGCGACCCCCUGGAGAAGGCCAUGCUGACGGCCGUGGACUGGACGCUGACCAAAGAUGAGAAAGUAUUCCCCCGAAGUAUUAAAACUCAGGGGCUGAAAAUUCACCAGCGCUUUCAUUUUGCCAGUGCCCUAAAGCGAAUGUCCGUGCUCGCCUCCUACGAGAAGCUGGGCUCCACGGACCUCUGCUACAUCGCGGCUGUGAAGGGGGCCCCUGAAACCCUACACCCCAUGUUCUCCCAGUGCCCACCUGACUAUCACCACAUCCACACGGAGAUUUCGCGGGAAGGAGCCCGUGUCCUGGCCCUGGGGUACAAGGAGCUGGGGCACCUCACCCAUCAGCAGGCCCGAGAGGUCAAGCGGGAGGCCUUGGAGUGCAACCUCAAGUUUGUCGGCUUCAUCGUGGUCUCCUGCCCACUCAAGGCUGAUUCCAGGGCUGUGAUCCGGGAGAUCCAAAAUGCCUCCCACCGGGUGGUCAUGAUCACAGGCGACAACCCCCUCACUGCCUGCCACGUGGCCCAGGAACUGCACUUCAUUGAAAAGGCACACACGCUGAUCCUGCAGCCUCCCACAGAGAAAGGUCGACCCUGCCAGUGGUGCUCCAUCGAUGGCAGCGUUGUGCUACCCCUGGCCCAAGGCUCCCCGAAGGCACUGGCCCUGGAGCAUGCCCUGUGCCUCACAGGCGAUGGCUUGGCCCACCUGCAGGCCGAGGACCCUGAGCAGCUGCUGCGCCUCAUCCCCCACGUACAGGUGUUUGCCCGCGUGGCCCCCAAACAAAAGGAGUUUGUCAUCACCAGCCUGAAGGAGCUGGGCUAUGUGACCCUGAUGUGCGGAGACGGUACCAAUGACGUGGGCGCCCUGAAGCACGCCGAUGUGGGUGUGGCGCUCCUGGCCAAUGCCCCAGAGCGGGUUGUUGAGCGGAGGCGGCGGCCCCGUGACAGCCCCGUCCUGAGCAACAGCAGCAUCAGGGCCACCUCCAGGGCAGCCAAGCAUAGGUUGGGGCUCCCACCCCCGGAGGAGCAGCCCGCCUCUCAGAGGGUGAGUCUUGGGAGGGGUCACCGGCACCCCCUCGUGGCCAGGCCUCACCCACUGCCACCCACCCCGCAGGACCGCCUGAGCCAGGUGCUGCGGGACCUGGAGGAUGAGAGCACACCCAUCGUGAAGCUGGGCGACGCCAGUAUCGCGGCGCCCUUCACCUCCAAGCUCUCAUCUAUUCAGUGCAUCUGCCACGUGAUCAAGCAGGGCCGAUGCACACUCGUGACCACACUGCAGAUGUUCAAGAUCCUGGCACUCAACGCCCUCAUCCUGGCCUACAGUCAGAGUGUCCUCUACCUGGAGGGCGUCAAGUUCAGCGACUUCCAGGCUACACUGCAGGGGCUGCUGCUGGCCGGCUGCUUCCUCUUCAUUUCCCGCUCCAAGCCCCUCAAGACCCUGUCCCGAGAGCGGCCCCUGCCCAACAUCUUCAACCUGUACACCAUCCUCACGGUCCUGCUGCAGUUCUGUGUGCACUUCCUAAGUCUUGUCUACCUAUACAGAGAGGCCCAGGCCCGGAGCCCUGAAAAGCAGGAGCAGUUUGUGGACCUGUACAAGGAGUUUGAGCCAAGCCUGGUCAACAGCACUGUAUACAUCAUGGCCAUGGCCAUGCAGAUGGCCACCUUCGCCAUCAACUACAAGGGCCCGCCCUUCAUGGAGAGCCUGUCUGAGAACAAGCCCCUGGUGUGGAGCCUGGCCGUGUCACUCCUGGCCAUCGUGGGCCUGCUCCUCGGCUCCUCGCCCGACUUCAACAGCCAGUUUGGCCUUGUGGAUAUCCCUGUGGAGUUCAAGCUGGUCAUCGCCCAGGUCCUGGUCCUUGACUUCUGCCUGGCACUCCUGGCUGACCGCGUCCUGCAGUACUUCCUGGGGACCCCGAAGCUAAAAGUGCCUUCCUGAGACGGCAGUGCCAGCACCCACUGCCCACCCUGCUACCACCAGGGGCCCCACGUGGGCCCCAGAAGGGAACACUGCCCCCAUGGCAAGGCCGGCCCAGCCUUGCCGCCAAGACUGAGCUGGGACCCCUCCCGACACACACCCUGUGGCCACCCGCAGGCCCGGCUGGCAGAACCAGCCCCCAGCCAGCCCCUUUGGUAAAUAAA